AUCGAACCUUUAAUUUAAUUUCAUCUUUUCUACCUAUAUAUAUGUAUGUAUGGGUUAUAUUUAAUUGUACAUAUUUGAUUUAAUAAAUUAAGUGAUGUCGAGUGGUGUGGAUUAUUUUCUUGCCAACAACUAUGGGUCGUCUUCUUGUUGAUGACACUUUCGGGCCUGGGAAGCUUCUGGAUGAGGUCUGGUUUUUUGAGAAUUUGCUCGACACAAGACCUAGGAGCAAUAAUAAUUUCUCCAGAAGUAUGUCGGAUCCUGGCACCUCAUCGUCUUCAACCUUGGAUGAUCACCACAAUAAUGGCAAAUCCUUCGAAGAAACCUACGAAUCGAUAAUCAGGAAGAAUAUUCCUGUUAAAGAUCAAUCCCGACUGUCCAGGGCUGAAAUUGCAGACAAAUUACCUCGUACCCCAUCGCUCCCAGCAUCUCUGAUCCGAGACGAAGAGGAUGAAGACGAUGAAGAGAGAGAGUUUUCCAUGGGAGAGUUGAUCAGACAAGCUUCACUCAACAAUUCAGAAACCCAUAAUCGAAGAGUUAAUAAGAAUUGUAGCUUGUCGAGAAGGAAUCGGGAAGAUCAGCUAUGCCCCAUGAAUCGAAUUGAGACACAGAAGAGCUUAAACGCCAUAGAAUUUUUGAAAUUUCAUGGUGCAGAAGAUUUGGACAAAGGAAACCCUGGUCGGCCAUUGUUGCACCGUAGCGAAUCAGCUCUGCCUAAUUGGGCUGCAGAGAAGAUGUCCAGAGAAGACAUGAAAGCACAGCUCAAGUUUUGGGCAAGAGCUGUGGCAACGAAUCUUCGAUUCCAAGAAUGCUGAUUAUAUACAUACAAACAUAUAUACAUAUGUAUGUAUGUUAAUGUAUGUAAUUCUAAUUUCUAUGAUCUCUCUCCUGGUUCGUAGAUAUUGAUGAUGAUCGAUGUAAUAACUAGAUCUCUGGUACGUACUCAUCGAACAUGUCUUUUGUGGGAUUGAUCAUUUCUCAUGUGAAUAAUUAUUA